AUGUCGCGAGACGCAACUCGGCAACUCUACCAAAGCAGGGCAUACUUACAGUUCCCCUUCAUUGUCUACCCUCUGAGUCCUUCCUCUCCAGCUUCAGCAUCUUCACAUUCUUGCAAUCUACAUACCGAUCUGCUUGAUGGCGAUUCCAUCUUUUUCUCUGGGAUUUCCGACGCCUGGUCUGCCUUUACCGGCGGAAACGAGCAGGGCGCCGCUACCGAUGAUCAGCAUGGUGGGGACCAGGAAGAUGAAAAGGCUCCUCUUGCCGCCACGAGCCUCGUUGUUUGCUGGUUGGCGGACAAUGACUUGAUGCUGGUUCUCCCCGCCCCUGUUCCAGAGGGCGAGGGCAAUACGCAGCUGACAUUCUGUACGGCCAUGAUGCCAGCCGGUGGUGGUAACGGAAAUGCAGCCCCACCGUCCGAGCUACGCAGCAAGCUCUGGCUCGAUCUACCUCCCGAUCAGCACUUUGCUAUCAUUGAUCCUCCGCCACGCUCCGCUACUACGGCUACAGCCAGUACGCUCGAGCCCCUCGGCCGUACCAGAUCGCCAGACAGCCGUUAUCAUUCUGGGCAAGGUCCCAGCAUACGAGCCCCCUUUCUUUUCGCCUCCCAUAGAGGACCACGCUGCAGGCAUUACAGAUUCGGACUACCUCAAGUCUCCACCAACGGAGGGACGCCCAGUUGUUUACAAUAUGAGAACCGGACAGAUCAAGCGGGAGCUCUAAGCAGCGUAGCUUUUUUGGGAUGGAUACGCUACGUCGACGUGCUCGUGUACGCCGUCACGAGCACUGCCAGCUUGUCCCGUGGUGCAUCAGCAAAUAUGAUUAGAUCUUGGGGUAUGAUCGACGUGUGGGUCCGGCUCUUAACGCAUGGAGCCUCCCCUUCCGGGUAUACUUAUGCACGGGGCGAGGCGGCGAUUCUGAAACAUGUUCUCGCCAACCAAGAUCUCGCUCGUCGGGAAUCUCGGUGGCCUGGUCAUAUAUCCAUACUGCAGAACAUGCCAGAAUAUGGGACUCCUUUCGAGAUAUGUGUGCAAGGAUGUCUCUGCCUCUACUGA